AUGCCACCACUAUCUCUACUCCGACUGCCAUUCCUUCCUCUUCAAAAUAUUAUUCAAAACUGGAAUAUCUAUGAAAUAUGUCAAUUUGCAAAAGUCUCCAAACGAACAAAAAGCGUGGCAAGGGCAGCUUUCAGAAAACCAGUGGAUAUCAGUUUGACAAAUGGAGAGUGUUUUUCAAUUCAAACGUCAUUCGCUGGAAAUAGUGGCAUAGUCUCUCGGGGACAGGAGACUUGGGUGUUUGAGUUGAGAGAUAUCUCAGACAGAGAUAACGCAGAAUCAGAUGUUUAUAAUGAGAAUCAUGUGUAUCAUACUCUCAAUUUAUUUUCUGAAAACCCACUGCUUCUCUUUCUUGAGACUCUCGAAUUUCUCUUCGAAGUGUUUGAUUGUUCUAUUCACAUGGUAUACUGGACCAGUUGGAAAACUGAAGAUAUGCGACAAGUUAUCGAUUGGAUGAAUGGAUGUGAUAAACUGACAAAAAUAGAAACUGUUAAUUUUAAUUUGAACGUCAAUAAUCAGAUGACACUUGCUUUAUUUCUGGAAACAUUUAAGAAGAAACUUGGACGGCUAAUCGUGUAUAGUAAAGUCUCUGAUAUUGCUCCAGUCAAGUUUUCAAUAGAAAUGGAGAGAUUCAGUUACUAUGGUGCUAGAUGGGUCAAUUUAUCUAUUUUAAUGUCUAUGAACACGUGCAAACGUCUUUACCUUGCAAUAUCACUUCUCUCUAAUCAAGAUCUGAAAGUAUUCCUCAGAAGUUGGAAGGAAGGGAAAUCAAAUUCGAUUCUAGAAGUUCUUCACGUCUAUGUAACAGACCAAGAAGAUUGGAAGACAGUCUUGAAUGGAUUGGGAGCAGUUGUAAGACACCCGACACGAGUGACUAGAUGCUAUAUAAAAAAUCUUUGGUACUAUGGUGGUGUGGAUAUUCAACGAGUCGAUGGUAAGAUUGGAACAGUUAUGUGGACACAUUACGUCGGGAGUAAUGAACACGAGAAGAUCCCAAGGAACAUUAUUGAAGUAUUCGAGAAAACGAAACAAGAAUGGGUCGGAACUGAUAGUGACGUGGUUUUCGAGGAGAAAGGAAACGAGAUUCAAGUCUCAGACGAGGAGAAAAUAAUCAAAGAGCAUUCAACACAGAGACUAUUGAUUUGGAGACGCGUCGCGUGUGGGUACGGUAAACAGUGUCACAGAUUCGAAGGAAUCACCGAAAGACUUUUGUCUUCGAUGUCACCACUACCUCUACUCCGACUGCCAUUCCUUCCUCUUCGGAAUAUUAUUCGAAACUGGAAUAUCUAUGAAAUAUAUCACUUUGCAAAAGUUUCCAAACGGACAAAACACGUGGCAAGGUUAGCUGUUAGAAAACCAGUGAAAAUCAGGUUGGAAAAUGGAGAGAGUUUUGUAAUUUACACGUCAUUCGCUGGAAACAGUGUCAUAGGCCCUCAGGGACCGGAGACUUGGUUGUUUGAGUUGAGAGAUAUCUCAGAAAGGGAUAACACGGAAUCAGAUGUUUAUAAUGAGAAUCAUGUGUAUCAUGCUCUCAAUUUAUUUUCUGAAAACCCACUGCUUCUCUUUCUUGAAACUCUCCAACUUCUCUUCGAAGUGUUCGAUUGUUCUAUUCACUCGGUCUACUGGUCCAGCUGGAAAUCCGAAGAUAUGCGACAAGUUAUCGAUUGGAUGAAUGGAUGCGAUAAACUAACAAAAAUAAAAAAUGUUAAUUUUAGUUUGAAUGCCAAUAACCAGUGGACACUUGCUUUCUUCCUGGGAAGAUUUCAGAAGAAAAUUGGGCGGGUAAUCAUGCAUAGUGAUGUGUCUGAUAUUGCUCCACUCAAGUUUUCAAUGCCACUCGAAAUUGAGAGAUUCGAUUAUUUUGGAGGCGCUAAAUGGGUCAAUUUAUCUAUUUUAAUGUCUAUGAACACGUGCAAACGCCUUUAUCUUGGAGUAUCACUUUUGUCUAAUCAAGAUCUGAAUGCAUUCCUCAGAAGUUGGAAGGAAGGUAGAUCAAAUCCGAUUCUAGAAGAUCUUCGAGUGUUUAUACCGGGUCAAGAAGACUGGAGGACAGUGCUGAAUGGAUUGGGAGCGGUUGUAAGACAUCCGACACAAGUGGCUAGAUGCUGCAUAGAGAUAUUCUGGUUCUACGGAGGAGUUGACAUUCAGAGAGUCGAUGGAACGAUUGGAACCGUCAUGUGGACUCAUUAUCUUGGGAAAAAGGAACACGAGAAGAUCCCAAAGAAUGUUAUUGAAGCAUUCGAAAGAACGAAUGAAGAAUGGACCGGGACUGAUAGUGACGUGGUUUUCGAGGAGAGAGGAAACGUAAUUCAAGUCUCAGACGAGGAGAAAAUAAUCAAAGAGUAUCUUCCGACUCAAUGUUUCGACUUUACUUUUGUUGUCUGGAAAUGA